AUGUCUCAAUCGUCGACUCCAAGCCAUCUGCCGCCAGCCCCGUCCAUCUUUGGUGGCCCGGCAAGCCACGCUUCCGGUCCGAUACAGAUAGAUCUACACGGGCAGCAGCCUCCUCCACCGGCGGCGGCCGAGGCGGCGAACGAGGCGUCGGAUGCCGCGUCCAUGAUGGCCGAGGUCACACCGCCGUCGGCUGGCUCGUCGUCCAACACCUUCAUCAUGGCCAAUUCCCCGUCCAAGACUCUCCCCGUCGCGGAUGGUUACCGGCCCAAGAUCACGCGCACCCUCGGGCAGCGGCCAGCCUGUCUUGUCAACGCCUCGGUGACGUACUGUGGCAGUAACCAAAUCUUUGCCUUUGGUGGCUUCGACCAGUACACGGACGAGGUUUACAACCACGUCCUCCGCCUCGACCUCGCAACGCACCAGUGGAACUUGGUGGACAAUUACGGCGACAUUCCGGGCGUUCGGAUGGGACACACCGCCACCCUCUAUCAAGGGGACAAGCUCUUGGUCUUUGGCGGCGAGAACGAGCACCGGACCUAUCUCUCGGAUCUCAUCAUAUUCGACCUCAAGACGGCGCACUGGACCCAGCCCCAGGUUUCCGGCCCCAUCCCCAAGGGUCGGGCCCGGCACGCCGCCGUGCUGCACGAGGACAAGCUCUUCAUCAUCGGAGGCAUCACGGGCCAGAACAACUACGUGCUGGACGACAUAUGCUACCUGGACCUGCGCACCUUUACGUGGUCCAAGGCUUGGCGCUUCGUCGGUCGCUUCGACCACUCGGUGUACAUCUGGGGCGACCGCGUCUGGGUCUUUGGCGGGCUCAGCGAGGACAUGGACAAGGUCAGCGACCUCUGGUGGCUGGAUCUGAAGGGGAGCCCCGAGUUCGACUCGCGCCCGCACUUUGGCGUCUUCGACCGCCACUCGGCCACCGGCAGGGCAUGCGGUUCCCCCCGUCCUCCCUACAGCAUGGCUCCUCCCGCCGUCGUCGGCGCCUCCGGCUACGCGGCCAAUUCGCGAACGGCCCAGGUGAACCCGCCUUCCUUCCAGCUCAAGACGUACGCGCCCACGGCCCCCGGCUCCAUCUCGUCGUUGAAGUUCAUGUCCGGGCCCAGCAUCCCAUCCCAAGGCUCGGGCACGCACUACCACGCGUACUCCUCGGGCACCUUGCUCGACUUCUUGACCCCCGCCGCGACCAUCACGCCGCGGGAGUGCUCCCUCUCGGCCCUCGAUCUGGGCAUGCUUCGCUGGCAGAAGCUCGCCGAGGGUCGCGAGAUCUUCAAGUCGGGCUACAGGUGGCACUACUGCACCAUGAACGAGGAGGGCACCAAGGCUUGGCUGCUCGGCUGUCCCACCGACCCGGCCGCGACCGACCUGGGGCCCAACGGAUACGAGGAGUACCUCAGCGACAUCAUGGAAAUUGACCUCCGUCGCUACGGCUUUCUCGGCAACAACAUGACGACGGAGCCGCGGACCGAGUCCCGACCCUCGGCCACGACCCGACCGACGGAAUCUCCGUCCAAGGGUCUCGGCGCCGACCUCGCCAAGCUCUUCGAUCUACCACCGGAAUCCGGGAGCGGAACGGAUUUUGUCGUCACCGCCUUGGCCGAGGGCUGCGACGAGGAGGACGUCCUCAGCUCCGGCUUGAUUCGGGCCGACGACGUUGCUGGGGGCGAAAGCUGGCUCGCCGCCGACGCGCCCACGUCGCAGCCCAUCCACGUGCACAAGCUCAUCCUGCAGGCACGGUGGCCGCACUUCUCGCGCCUGUACAACGCCCAGAUGGCCGAGUUCCACACGAAAAAGAUGCACAUUCCCGAGCCUUACACCGUCGUCCGGGCCUUUCUCCUCUACCUCUACACCGACAGCAUUCGGGGAACCGUCGAACCCGACAGCGACGCGACCACGAGCCUGUCGGACGUGGCCGGCCUCCUGGUCAUGUCCAACAUCUACAACAUUCCCCAUCUCCGACUUUUGUGCGUCAACCGGUUGGCCAAGGAGCUCGACGUCGAGCACGCGUGCGUCAUAUGGUACUGCGCUGGCCUUGCUGGCGAGGAAUGGCUUCGCAAGCGCGCCGCGACGUUUUGCAUGACGCACUGGGGUCGCAUCGUCCGCUCGCGGGGGUUCCUCCGCCUCCCGCGCAACGCCCUCGUUGACCUGUCGCAGGAGGUCGACAUGGAAGGACGCGUCAUUGCCGGCGAGGAGCUUGAAUGGGGCAGCUCGUCGGGCCGGUACGGCGACACGGUGCACAGCACGAGGAAGGCGAGUAUUAGCAGCAACCAGACGCAGGUGCUGGAUUCCGAGGCCGAUGACGAUGAGGGGAUGGAGCUGAGCUGA